CAAAUGUUGUUAUUAAGACAUGGAUUAAACAUCGUUUAUGAUUUAUUACUUAAUGAAGAUAUUAGCAACCAAGAUGAUCGUGUAAAUCGUUAUAUCACAGCUUUGAAAACAUUUUUCGAAGUUUAUUUCGAUAGAAUCAAUUCCCCAUUGAAGAUUAACGAUAACAUAUUUAAAUUAACCAAUAAUUAUAAAAUUUGGACCAAAUGUUCUGAAGAAGCUAAAGAAUUUAUUGAAAGUACUUUAAAAACAGUUAUCGAAUUAAAAAAGAAAUCGCCGAAUAAAAAUGAUCGAAAAGAUUUUAUUGAUUUACUUUUAGAAUCUGGUUUGAGUUAUGAUAGAAUUUUAGCGCAGCUUCGAACAUUAGUUGUUGCUGGUUCCGAUACAGUUUCAGCUGCAACCGGUUUUGCUCUUUAUGAACUUGCUAAACACCCCGAAUUACAAGAAAAAAUGUAUCAGGAAUACAUUUCGAUUGUAGGUUUUGACGAAAACGUUUUUGCUGAAUUUAGAGAUAUUCAACAAAUGAGUUUUGCUGAUUGUGUUAUGAAAGAAACUUUAAGACUUUAUCCUCCAUUUCCAUUUAUUUCUAGAACUUUAAUUAAAUCGGCAGCAAUCGGUAAAUUAAUUCUAUAA